CCCACUGGCAGAAACCAAUGAACCGACUCUUUUUUUUGUGGGAUCGACUCCCAAUCCUAGGGAACAGGUCUACUGCUGUUUUUAUCUCGUUCCCGAAGAAAGAAUUGUGAUCAUUGCUGGGACGUGAGAGAGAAGUCGCUGUCAUGACUGACGUUCUGGAGUUUAGUGACAUUUACCAGGAGGUCAAGGGUUCCUGGAAUGAUGGGCGUCUGCGAUUCAGUAAGCAGAUGGUGGUGUAUAAAAGCAGUAAGACAGGCAAAGUGGACAGUAUCCCCGUCCCAGAGCUCAGUCAGGCCCAGUGGAGGAGAGUCUGCCUGGGCCACGGCAUCAAACUGUCCACCACCACCGGACACAUUUACAAAUACGAUGGCUUCAAAGAUGCUGACUUUGAAAAAAUAUCUGAGUAUUUCAAAGAUAAUUACAAAGUGGAGCUGACUGAAAAAGACAUGUGUGUGAAAGGCUGGAACUGGGGCACUGCUAAAUUCAACGGCCCAUUGCUGUCAUUUGACGUAAGUGACACUCCUGUGUUUGAGAUCCCGCUGUCCAGUGUAUCCCAGUGUACCACUGGAAAAAAUGAAGUCACUCUAGAGUUUCAUCAGAAUGAUGAUACAGAGGUGUCGCUCAUGGAGGUGCGUUUUUAUGUCCCACCCUCUACAGGAGAUGAGGGGGCGGACCCAGUAGAGGCAUUUGCCCAGAAUGUUCUUUCUAAGGCAGAUGUGAUUCAGGCUACAGGAGACGCUGUGUGUAUUUUCCGAGAGCUGCAGUGUCUCACACCCAGGGGAAGGUAUGAUAUACGUAUCUACCCCACCUUCCUGCAUCUGCAUGGUAAGACAUUUGACUAUAAGAUCCCCUACACAACAGUGCUGCGUCUCUUCCUGCUCCCUCACAAAGACCAGAGACAGAUGUUCUUUGUGAUCAGUCUGGAUCCACCCAUUAAACAGGGACAAACCCGCUACCACUUUCUCAUCCUGCUAUUUUCCAAGGACGAGGACAUCAACCUCACCCUCAACAUGAGCGAGGAAGAGGUAGAGAGGCGAUUUGAAGGAAAGCUGACUAAGAACAUGUCAGGCUCGCUGUAUGAGAUGGUCAGCAGGGUUAUGAAGGCUCUCGUCAACAGGAAGAUCACAGUGCCUGGAAACUUUCAGGGUCACUCUGGGGCACAGUGUAUCACUUGCUCCUAUAAGGCCAGCUCAGGUUUGCUGUAUCCACUGGAGAGGGGCUUCAUCUACGUUCACAAGCCUCCGGUGCACUUGCGCUUCGAGGAGAUCGCUUGUGUGAACUUCGCCAGAGGCACCACAACCACACGCUCCUUUGAUUUUGAAAUUGAGACGAAACAGGGCAGCCAGUACACAUUCAGCAGCAUUGAGAGAGAAGAGUACGGAAAGUUGUUUGAUUUUGUCAAUGCUAAGAAACUCAGCAUCAAGAACAGAGGCUUUAAAGAGGGUAUGAAGGUCAGAGAAGACAUGUACAGUGACUCAGAUGAGGAUCAGCAUGACGCGUACCUGGAGCGCAUGAAGCAGGAGGGGAAGAUCCGUGAGGAGGCCAACGACAGUGAUGACUCAGAGGCUGGCAGCGAUGAAUCAUUUAACCCUGGAGAUGAAGAUGAUGAUGUCGCGGAAGAGUAUGACAGUAAAGCCUCAGCCAGUGAAAGUAGUGCUGAAGGUGCAGACAGUGAAGAAGACAAAAAGAAGAAACCAGUCAAGAAAGCCAAAACUGUGAAGGAGGGAAAGCACAAAAAGGAGAAGAAGACGAAGGACAGCAGCGCCCCCAAGAGGCCAAUGAGUGCUUAUAUGCUGUGGCUCAAUUCCAGCAGAGAUCGCAUUAAAUCUGAAAACCCUGGCAUCUCAGUCACUGAGAUUUUAAAGAAGGCUGGUGAGAUGUGGAAGCAGCUGAGCAAAGACAAGAAAGAGGAGUGGGAAGGGAAAGCUGAGGAAGCAAAGAAAGAAUAUGAGCGAGCGAUGAAAGAGUACAGAGAAAACAGUGGAGGCACCUCAAAAAAGCCAAGAAAGAAGGGAGGAAAGAGUGACGAGAGAAAGAAAAAGAAGUUAGGUGGAGGGAGGGAACGAGAGAAGAGCAGGACAGCCGGAAAUGACAGCUUUAAGAGUCCAGAGUUCAUCUCAAGUGAGGAGAGUUCGUCCGAGUCCAACCAUGGAAAAGGCCGUAAGCGCAAGGGCUCGGAUAAUGAAGAGAAACAAGCGAGCAGCACUCCCAGCUCAGAGGAGUCUGGCUCAGACUGAGAAACGCAGCGAAAUACAGCAUGAAGGAAAGAGACAGGAUAAUGGAGUCAUCCUGGCCUGUCCCUUAAGAACCCGUGUGUUUUCUUUUACAUAUUCUUUCUCUGAAAAAUGUUAUGCAUUUCUAUAUAACACACAAUAACGUGUAUUACUGGCUAACCUGCUUAACUUUGAUGUUUCUAGCAAGUAGCAUAUGUUAUGUGAAUACAUUGGGGUCCAAAACUUCUCGGUCACUAUUUAAAUUUAAGCAAAUGUGUGAUAAUCACCAUGUUAACCCAGUUUUAUCCCUUCCACUGAAGCAUGUGUUUAGGCGACACUGCAUGGAUCAGGUUUUACACAAAAUUCUGUAGUCUGUGUCCGCUUGAGUGCACACUUAAGGUGACAUGCCAAAUACUAAGAAAUACCUGUAAAUAUAUUUGACAAAAAAAAUUAUAAUGAAUAAAUAAAAAAAUUAGGAAAUCAAUGUAAAAAAAAAUUAAAACAGAAGCAUUUUCACGAGUGCUCUCAGACUUUUGCAACUCACUGUAACUCUUUAAAUAGUUUAAAUGGGUCUGAGAGUUUUAAACAGGGAAGUUAUAGUCAAGUCCUGAAAGGCUUUUCACACAAAUUUAGCUCAUGAAGGCUUUAGAAAUUAAGAUCGGAGUCUGAUACCCCUCAGGUCUUAGUGUUACUUAAACUGCUUUUACAAAGCUAAAAGUAUUAUUAGAAAAUAUUAUUAUUAUUAUGUUUUGCUAUUGCGUUAAAUUCUCCAUUCUGAUUGGUCAGAAGGUGUUUUAUUAAUUUUCUAACACAGCACUUUUUUUAAACCAAGUCUUUAGUUUUAAAUUCAUGCUCAUACUCAUACUAAUAUAUUAUCAUUUUAUAUUAACAAUUUACUGGGACUUGUAUAGUGGACGUUCAAAACUUUUUUUAAAUGUAGAUAUGAGGUUUCUGUGAGGAGAUGUUUAUUUAACAUUCUUAAGAAGGAGUCCCUGAUGCCAGCACUUUGCAACAAUCAGAGGUACAGCUGUUCCUUUUCCUUUUUUCAACAUGGGACAGAGAGCUUUGCAUUUUGAAUAACAUUUAAGCCGCAUUUUUUUUGUCUUAUUAAGUUCAAGAGAGAGAAAAAAUGAGAGUCUGAUAAGAACUGUUUAUAAUGUAAGUGAUAACAUGAACUGUCUUGUUUCAGAAACAUACAAAAGAAAUUGAUGUGCCAUCGUUUUAUGAAUAUAAAAAUUAAUAAAUGAAUGUUUCACAAAGGUUUCACAGCAUUAAACCUAACAGAAAACAGGCAAAAAAUAUGAAGUGUAUGCCAGUGUUCAAUAAAUACAGUUGUAAGCAUUGGCAUACUGCUGGGAUAUAAGAGGAAUAAAGCACUUCAGGAUAUAUUAUAAUUGGUAAAUAAUCAGCUUUAGGGUAGUAACAUCACAUCACCCUGUCGUUUUAACAUUUCCUGUUGUGGUUUAUUCUUAAAAUGAAGUCUCAAAACAGAUAAUAAUUUAUAACAACCCCAAAUGCACUUUUGCAUCAUUGCUGAUGAUUGUGUUAUAAAUAUAUUCUGUAAGUAUUUAAGUGUUUUCGUUAUUCUGGUGCCCUUGUCAUUUUAAACCGAUAUUUAUUGAUGCUUGGUGUCAGGUUUUUGUGUGGAUGUUCAGUAUGAGCCAAAAUGUUGCUGUGUUCAGUCCAGUUUUUUGAACAACAGACUGUAAGUUCUCAUUAAAACCCUAUUUU